UCACUGGCUUUAACCAGCGGCUGCACUCCGACCUGCCGUCGCAUCAGUUGUGUUUUGAUCAUGACGGACGAAACAACGCCGCUGACCGCCAGCAGCUCCGGCUACGUUGUUUUGCCGCCCUACCAGGGGCCCAGCUAUGUCUUUCCGGGCGGUGUCUCACCGCGAGCCCGACGCUCCAAAAUGAAACAGUUCCAGUGCUGCAUCACCAUCACAUUUAUCGUGAUUGUAAUUGCCGCCUUGCUCCUGGCGCUGUGGUUAAGUGGCAGUGGCUACACUGGAAGCAGUGGCGAUGAUGAUGGUCCCAGCUACUUUUUUGCCACGAACGAAACGGAUGCGCCGUCGUUGUGGCAGACACUGGCCGCCAUCAAGAAACCCAUACCCGAUGAGCCGGAGACGGAUUGGGCGCUGCGCCAAGCGACGCUGGAUCCCAAUGAAGGUGCCCAGGCGGUGAGUGCGGGCAUCAAGGCGCUGGGCGAUCGUGAGAUACUCGAGGAGGGACUGCAGCCGAGUGCCUUUGAUACGCCCCAAUUUCGGCACUAUCGUUCGCUGAGCACCAAUCCGGAGGCCCGCAAGUUGGCGCGUCGUGGCUAUGUGGAGAACCAUGCGACGCUUAACAUUGCCCAGAGAUUUAACUAUACCAAGCAGCCGGGACGCAGCAAUAUUGGACUUGGUCCACCCAUAGUGCUUUUGGAUCCCACCGUGCUCCGUUUGGAUUGUGAUUUCAAUGAGCGUUUCAGGCGGAGCACAGGUGUCUGCAACAACAAGCUGCAUCCGCGCACCUAUGGCGCCUCCAUGGUGCCCUAUCGCCGCAUGGUGGCACCAGACUAUGCCGAUGGCAUUGCAGCGCCACGGAUUAGUCAUGUGGGUAAAUUGCCGCCGGCGCGUCAAGUCUCGUUGAGCAUUCAUCGUACCAGCUACGAAACAGAUUCGAAUUUCACUGUGAUGCUAGCGGUUUUUGGACAGUUCCUGGACCAUGAUAUUACGGCCACGUCGCUGACCACCUCGCAGGAGGGUGAAUCCAUUGAUUGCUGUGUGGCCAAGACGCAACAACAGCAUCCGGAAUGCUUUCCCGUCCAGAUACUCGCGGAUGAUCCAUACUACAAGCAGUACAAUCUGAGCUGCAUGAAUUUUGUGCGCUCAGCUCCAGCUCCAACUGGAAGAUUUGGACCACGUGAACAGUUCAAUCAGGCGACGGCUUUCAUUGAUGGCUCGGUUGUCUAUGGCAAUUUGGAGCAGCGGCAGCGCCAGCUGAGGAGCUACAUCAAUGGUACGCUGCGCAUGUUUCUCACCGAUGAUGGGAGGGAACUGUUGCCCAUCUCCUCGAAUCCGGAGGAUGGCUGCAAUCGUCUCCAGAUGACGCGUCAGGGUAAAUACUGUUUCGAGUCGGGCGAUGAUCGGGCCAAUGAGAAUCUGCUGCUCACCUCCAUGCAUCUGCUGUGGGCAAGGCAUCACAAUUAUCUGGCACGUGGAUUGAACGCGAUUAAUCCAGACUGGGAUGAUGAGCAUGUCUAUCAGGAGGCCCGGAAAAUACUCGCCGCCCAAAUAGCCCAUAUUACCUACAAUGAAUUUUUGCCCGUGCUCCUGGGUCGCAAUCUGAGCGAGGCGAAGGGUUUGCUGCCUGCCCGUGGACAGCCACACGCACCGGACACAUACGAUCCAGAGGUGAAUCCCAACAUUGCCAAUUGCUUUGCGGCGGCCGCUUUCCGAUUUGCCCACACGCUGCUGCCGGGUCUGUUCAAUGUGUCCAGGGACCACAGCACACCCGAGUCCAUUGAGCUGCACAAGAUGCUCUUCAAUCCGUUCUCGCUGUGGGUACGCCAUGGCAUCGAUCACGCCCUGCAGACAGCCUCGAAUACGCCGGUGCUCCGUGUGGAUCCCUUCUUUUCGCUGGAGAUCACCCAGAAGUUAUUCGAGGGCACUACCGAGGACCGGCUGCCCAUUUGUGGCCUGGACUUGGUUUCGCUGAAUAUUCAACGAGGUCGCGAUCAGGGUAUUCCCGCAUAUCCGGUUUUCAGGCGCCACUGUCGUCUGCCACCAGUGGAUACCUGGGAGCAGAUGGCACGAGCCGUCGACAACUCAACUCUGGAGUCCAUCAGACAAAUAUAUGCUUCGCCACAGGAUGUGGACCUCUAUACGGGUGCACUCAGUGAGCCGCCGCUAGAGGGCGCCAUCUUUGGUCCGCUGCUCAGCUGUUUGGUUUCUGAUCAAUUUAUACGCCUCAAACUUGGCGAUUCCUUUUGGUAUGAGCGUAAAAUAGGACCACAGAGAUUCACAAAAACACAACUGGAUGAAAUCUACAAGAGCAGCUUGGCUGCCAUCAUUUGUCGCAAUUCCGAUAACAUUCAACAGGUGCGUCCACAUCUUAUGGAACGCCAGCAAGGAGAUGACAAUCGCCAUGUAAACUGCACGAAUUUGGAGGGCUUUCAAUUUGACUUUCAGCCCUGGUCGGAGGCGAUAAUGGAGCCCCAACUGCACAGGGCGGGCUUUAGUCAGGCAAUGUCAUUGGUGCGGCUGAUGCAUAAUAAUAAUAUAAAAGCAACGAUCAAUCAUGAAAGACUGUAGCUACAUUUAUAAAUAAUAAAUACCCCCGAUCG